AUGAUUGAAAUACCAGAUUUGGAAAAUAUAUACAUUCGAUCAUUAACAAAUGCAAAUGAAAGAAGAAAUGAAACAAGCGCCAACAAGCAGUUUAUUAGGGAUAACGAGUAUUACCAUCUGUUUAAGGAUCACGAGGAGCUAUAUCAUCAACGGCGAAUAUACACACCCUCCUCAACCAAUUCUGAGUCGGUGAUUAUAAGUAAGAAUAGAGUAGAUGGAGAAUUGCAAUCGGAUACAUUAGAUCAGGAACCAUAUAUACAAGAUGUGAGUAUAGAAAGGAUUGGGACUGAAACGAACCAGAGUUUUAGCUUGAAGCACCAUUCUGGAGCAACGCUAGCCACAGAUGCCUCCUUUGAUGGUAAUGGUGAUGCAAUUAACCCCCAACCUGUGGAUUAUCCUGACCCAGGAGAAGUAGAAGGAGGAGAUGCUCCAGCACUUGAAACUGGUUUAUCAAUUAUACCCAAUGAUUUAAAAGAGCACAAGACAACAUUCAAGCUACAGGAACCGCCCUCAAAUUCCGAGUUGAGAAACGGUUCUUUCAAAACAAACCUUGCAAGCUUUGAAGAGGAUGACCAAGUAGGGAGCUUGGUUGAAACAUCAAGAUUUUCUCAAAAUAAUAAUAAUAAUAAGCCUUUUUUGAGUAGUAGCACGUUUGCGUCUCCGCUGUCGAUAAUAGCUAAUAGUAAUAACAACAACAUAGAACCUUCACCACAGUUACCACCACCCUUAUCGUCAUCUUCAUUACAAAAUGCCUUAGAUGCAGAAAAAGAAAAAACAACCACCACCAACAGCAACAGCAACAGCAGCAACACCAACAACAACAAUACCACCACCAACAAUACCACCAACAACAACAGCAACACCACCACCACCACCACCAACACCACCACCACCAGUUUAUCGCGAAAAAGCUUGGCAACAAGUUUCAAAAGCCCGGCAGAGUAUGCUCUACAUAUUGUGUUUACUCAAUUUGUAAGACACGCGGAAAGAAAAUUGAACGUCUUCCUUGAUCACUCCUUAAAUGACGAAUAUUCGUUAUUUAAGAUUUUCGCAGAAGGCGCAGAUCCCCAAUUCGAUAAAAUCGUUGCAUCCUUGGGAUACAUUGCACGCCGCAAACCAAAACCUGUUAUUGAUAGUGUUUUCAUUUGGAGAAAGUCAAAGAGUGAAGUGGCGGCAAUGGCUGCUCUUGAAGUUGAAAAAGUGUUUAUGUAUGCAAAGACGAGUGCAGCACUGGAAAGUAAUAGACCUUCUAUGACAGCAGGAGAACAGGGAAGUCAAGAUUUGCCUGAUGCAAGUCUUACGCUGCUACCACCACAACAGGCAAAGAUCAAGCGCAGUCUAAGUUUGAUGCGCAGUAAAAGCUUUUCAAAGUUGGCACACCGGCGAAACCAGUCUGCGUCGGCCACGGGCUCAAUUGUUUCUCAAGAAUCAAUCGCUAAUGACUCUUUGAAAAAGCAGCAAAUGCUAGAUGCUCAAAUCGCUAAUGCCAAACAAACAGCAAUCAAUGCAGAGAAAAAAUCGUUGUUGUCCAUUUACAUACUAUGUCGUGUGUUGAUUGAAGUGGUGAAACAAACACCUACUGAAAUUAUGGGCGAGGAUCUAGGCGAUAAGUUGGAGGAAAUUGUUUACACCCAAUUGAAAACCACCGACCCGGCAAGUACAGGACAGUCCAUAGUACGUGCUGCAAACUGGACUUUGUUUGCCCAACUACUAGGUAUCAUGUCAGAAAAGCGAUUUCUUAACGUUAGUGAUCGGUUUGUUUUCGAUUUAGAAAAGCUUCCCCAACAUAUCAAAUACGAAGAUGAGCCCAGGUUAUAUUUGUUGAUCUCAGGGAUGAAAUACCUCAAGUUGAAUCAUUAUCCUCCUGAGUUGUUCGAGGAUAGUAAGGAAUUCGUUCAGAUACUUGCCAAGUUUUUCGAUAGAACAGUUAAUGAAGCAUUGAUUUAUGCUUAUUGCGACUCUAUCACAAAUCUACUUUUACCAUUGGCAAACAUUUUAACAGCAGAAGCUAAUGAUCCUGGUUGGAAUGUGGGAAUUAGAAGCCUAUUUUCUAGAGCAGUGCAAAUGUGGAAACCAUUAGCAAGUUCCGAUAGUAGUUUGGCUUCUAGCAGGUUAACUCCCCUGCAAGCAAGCAAUAGCAACAGCAACAGCAACAGUAGCAGCAGCAGCAGCAGCAGCAGCAGCAGCAGUGGCUGGUCGCAUUUGCUAAACCUCAUCACUGCUGCUUUGUCAGUGUCAUGCAAAGAGAUAUUCACUUCAAGUUGGUACUCCAUCGUCGAGGAAGGUGCAAAUAAAUUGAAACCAAAAGUCGAUGUGCAAGAAAAAACAACUUAUAUUUUAUGCACGUCUAGAUUAUUAUGGGUUUACCUCAAUAGAGUCUCAGACUCAUUAAACUCAACGGUGAAGAGGUUGGAUGAGUUUUUCAACCUCAUUUUCUUUAAUGUCAACUUAAGUGGAACAAAUAAAAAAAGCCAUUGGAUACUGGCAGAUGCACAGUUGAUAAAUGCAUUGGCAGGCAUGAUACAAAUAGUGGGCUACAAUCAUCUAAAUUUUACCCUCGAGUGCGUUCUUGGAAAGCUUUUAAAGCAUGGUUUUAAUGGAACGUCUUUAGAAAGCUUACAAGCAGAAAAAGUAAUCUUGGUUGUGCGUGCCUACGUGGGACUCCUACUUGAUUUUGAAAAGGAUGACAAACCCCCAUUCCCUGCUAUUGAUAUUUUCAACCAUACACCUGUGUCUUUUACCGCUCAAACAAGUGAAAGCAACAAGCGAGGCGAAUUUGCGUUUGUGGCCAAGAAUAGUACAAAUGUUGUUUUUCAUGAAGAGUUGUGCCAAAGUUUUCUGGCUCUACUAAAACUACUUGAUAAUCAGCUAGGAUGCGAUUUUAAUGGCGAGCUCAAUUAUUCUCAGUCAGUUACACCUGGCAAGUCGCAGUCCUCCUUCUCAUUCCAUUUUAACUUUGAUUCGACUUCUCAAGUUUCGAAAGAGCUCAAAUUGCAGCUUUUUGCAACUUUGAUUAGUUCUAUACCAUAUACUAUGGUGCCUCCAGUUGGUGAAACACAAAGUGCUGGAGGCAUUCCGUUCAAGCAAAUUGUCCAGUUAUUGACUAGAAAUGCCGUGCAUACUGAUAAAAACGUCCGAACCGCUUCCAUACAAACUUUAAAGAUCUUGUGUCUGAAAAAGAAUCCUACAACGUUGUUAAGUAUCUACGCUAAAUUUGCAUUCCAGUUUUCUGAAAAAACGAGCUCUGCUUAUGACUCUGCUUAUUUCAAUUCACAAAGUUUUAUGGACUUGUUGAAAUUGUACACGGAACUUCUACAAACCUGGUUUGAAGUAUACCGCGAAUUGGGAGAGAAACAGGUGCAUCAGCAGCAUUAUCAGCAUCAUUAUUAUCAGUAUCCUCAGCAGCUUUAUCAGCAUCAAUUGCGAAGCACAAUAGACCCACAUGUUAUCGAUGAUAAUUUGAUGAUGAAGAACCGGGAACUUUUGAACGAUUUGUACCAAAUAAACCAUAAAAAUCAGGACUUGUCAAAUCUACCUAGUAUCAAAAGCAAGCCAAGUGAUGAAUUAGAAUGGAAAACAACUAUAAAUCUGGUUGAAGACAUUGAAGGAAAAGGGUUAUUUUUUCUUUGCUCUCAAGAUUCACAAGUGAGAUCAUACGGCUUAAUGGUGUUAAAGAUUGUUGACAAAUUUGACCAGGCAAUAUAUAAUUUGAGCAAUGAUACUGAAACAGACAAGGUACACACAAAGAAGCACUCAAGAAGCUCAUCCAAAUUUGCUGCCGACUUUGGCACUCGUAUUAUUCACGUACUUGAAAGCAUCGAUCUUAAUGAGAUAAUCAGACCAUUCAAGAAAAAGUUGAGCUUACCAGAAAGGAAUAGGCUAGUAAAAUUGAAAAACGACAAGAAAAUAUUAGCAAAAUUAGCUGAGUCUGAUUAUGGUAUUGACACAACGAUAUGGUUUAGGUUGUAUCCAACGAUUCUCGAAAUUCUUUUUGAGAGAUGUCCAAUGCCGGUUGCUAUGUGCCGCAACAUUGUAUGCGUGUGCCUAGUUCAAAUGCACGAGUUGGUCUUGGAAUAUUCGAAUAGCUAUAAGUCUAGCACUUCCUCAAUUUUUGUUACCAAGUCAGCAUCAAUCGUGCCACCGGAGGUUCUUAUUAAUCAAUGGAAGUUGUACUUGGUAUUUGCUUGUAUUACCUUGACUACAACUAAUGAGCAAAAGAUAUCCUUUCCAACGCAACCAACACACGGACGAAAGAAAUCGUUGCUGAUGUAUAUCCAGCACCAAAAGAUUACAAGUGCAAAAUCGGUAUUCCGAAUGGUAUUACCCUUAUUAAAAUCGCACCAGCUUAUGCUUCGAGAUGCAGUGAUUGCCGGAUUGAGUCAUAUUAACAUCAACAUUUUCAAAACGUUUUUGGAGAAUAUACCAUUGGCCGUCAAUGAGUGGACCAUUGACUUGCGACGGAGAGAGUUUUCAGAUGAGAGAUUUCGAAUAGAGGUUAUUCAUAUUUUAAUGAAUGUGACUGAAAAGUAUGGACCGGAUGAAGCCAUUUAUGAUAAUGAUUCAGUGAUUAGUAUUUUGGUUACCAUUGUCAAGAAUGUAAAAGCAUUUUUAACAAGAGAUGAAGUUCAAGUUGAUAUCGAUUUUCAAAGGUUGCGAAGGUACUUUUGCGAAUUUUUGAUCAAUGUGUUUUUGAGGUUACAAAGCAGAAAUAAAUUAGAUCAGUGGCUUCCCUUUGAAGCUAGAGUCUCGUGCUUUAAUUAUUUAAAGGAGUGGUGUGGGUAUGGGUCUUUAGGUCAUGUUACAGAAGAGCGGUACGAUUUCAUUAUGAGCAAGAUUAACCAGCAGAAGGAUACUGCAUCGGCGAUUGCUUUAUUGGAGUUGGAAAGAAGACGAUUGCAGAUUGCAGCGUUGAGAUGUAUGGCCGUUUUGUGUUCCGGUCGAAUUAAGCAAAAUAUCGAAAUACCGGGAAAGUUGGCGAUUGUUUCCUUUGAUGUACCGAAUUUGUUGGAUUGGAUUCACUCAUUACUCGAAUCUGAAGGUGAUAAAGUGCAGGAAAUUGGAUCUUUGGCUUUGGAAAAUUUACUCAUGAAUAACUUUGAUAAUGAGGAAAUUUAUUCGGCCGUUAUAAAAGAGAGUUGCAGUUCUCAGAAAUCGAUGCCCAACUAUUUUUGUACGUUUGUGGAAGCUUUUGUAGCAAGGAACAAACUGCUGUCAACAUUUUCUGAUGAUCUAGUGAUGUUGGCAUGCUUGUUUAGUGCAAAUGAAAAUCCCAAAGUCCGGUUUUCAGGUAUCAAAUUAUUGGAAACUUUUCAAUCAAGAAUCGGUGGAUGGGAGAGUUUGGAGGACUACAAGGAAGCAAUUUGCAGCUAUAGCUUAGUGCUUCGAAAGAAAGCAUUAGUUGAGGUAACGACUUUGAUCCAUAAUAGCGAGCCAGCAAAAGUAUUCAAGAGAGUUUUCCACUUGACAAAUGUUUAUAGUCUACUUUCCGAUUCUGAUAGAAGGUUAUGUUCGUUGAUGUUGCAGACAUUGUUGAGUAAAGUCACAUUGAGUUAUGACAAAGUCACGGAGGAGAAAAAGAAGAAUGGCGAUGAUGAAGUCAAGAAAUUAGAUUCUAGCUCAGUCAUAGUUUUGAAUAACCUAUAUGGAAUAUCACUAACGUUUGAGAAUACGAAUUCCACCGAAUUGGAAUCCAUGUGGGUUUCACUUGCCAAUAGGGGUGACAAUUUCGAUAAAAUUGUUGACUUUAUUUUAGAGAGCUGCCUUGAAAAACGAAACGGUCAGUUUGUUCAAAAGUCUCGCCAGAUAAUUGAUUACUUGGCUUUUUCUCAUGCCGAUUCUUUUUACCUUGCUCGAAAGUUGAUAAUCAAUUUGCAGCCCAAGCUGAUGAUCCCACCACCUACAACAAGAGCUUUUACUACAUCCGAAGAUGCUGCUAAUUUCCCCUAUGUUACUGAUUUAGCAAAACUCCUCGAUCCAAAUGAAAAAGAUGCAGCGUUUUCUUUGGGCCAGCUUUCAAUGAUAUUUUUAGUUGACCUCAUCACAGUGAAGAAUGGCGCGAUAGAGGACAAAAUACCUUUGCUAUUACACAUCACACUUACCUUUCUCGAUCAUUAUGUUCCAAUUGUCCGAGAUCAAGCUCGCAAAUUGUUGGUGCAUCUAAUACAUUCUUUGGUUUUACAAGAGCCAAAAGCAAAGGAGACUAUUGAAGUUAUAAAGAACAAAGAUUACGCCAAAUAUUUAUGGGUUUACCAUGAUUUAAACAAUGACAAGAAGGGCGCUAGAACUCCAAAUAACAUGAUCAAAUUGGUGAGAAAUAUUCUUCAAAUAUUUACACCUUCUUUGCCCGAUCUUCAAAACGAUUGGAGUCGGAUUGCAUUAGCAUGGGGAACCACAUGUGCUGUGAGACAUAGUGCUUGUAGAUCGUUUCAAAUAUUUAGGGUAUUGAUCUCAUUCUUGGAUCUUGGUGUUUUAAAAGCAAUGUUUCAUAGAUUGUCGAACACCAUUUCAGACGAGUCUGCAGAUAUUCAAGGGUUUGCAAUGCAAAUAUUGAUGACAUUAAAUGCUAUCGCUGCCGAGUUGGAUUCGCAAAAAUUAAUUGAUUUCCCUCAAAUAUUUUGGUCAAGCGUUGCAUGUUUGAGUACAAUUCAUGAACAAGAAUUUAUCGAAGUGCUAUCCACUAUGAAUAAAUUUAUUUCAAAGAUUGACUUAAAUGCAGAGGACACAAUCACAUGUUUGAUCUCAACAUUUCCACCUAAAUGGGAGGGCAAGUUUGAGGGAUUGCAGCAAAUUGUUUCAGUUGGUUUAAGGUCGUCUACCUCCUGGGAGCCCACAUUGAACUUUAUGGAUAAGUUGUUAAAGCUCAAGGACUCGCAAAUCGUCGGUAUGGGCGACGCACGAAUAGUUACUGCAUUGAUUGCGAAUUUACCAAGAUUUUUGGAUGCUUUGGAUAAGUGUAAAAUCAGUGCUGAAGUUGAGAGCGCAGCUAUUGAUAUUAGUCACCUUGCAGAAAAUGCCGGUAAACCCUCCUUGGCUAGAAUUUUGAUAUCUUUGUCCAAGAACAAGUUUAGGUCCAAGAAAGAUUUCUUAGUUCAAACAGUUUCCACGAUACAGAGUUUAUUUUUCCCUCAAUUCGAAGUUGCCGUGUUGAUUUCCUUAUUGAAAAUGCUUUCAAAUGCAACCAAGUUUUUCAAAAAACAAGUGUUAGUUUUGUUGAAGGCAAUUAUCCCAUUAAUUGAUUUUAAAAAGGAAGAGUAUAUUGGUCUUGGUGUAGAUUUGAUAUCACCGUUGUUGAGGUUGUUACUUACUGAUAUGGCAGACCAGUCAUUGGAAGUGUUGGACGAAGCAGAGGUAAUAUCCGGAUCGCAGUUGGAUGGAGACAUUUUAAGAAUGAGUUUGGGAAAUACCUCUGUGAAGAAGGAGUACGAGCAUACAGCCACGCUCUUUGGAAUACCACUGGAAACAGGAUGGUCCAUUCCCAUGCCUGCAGUAACAGCAGCCAGCACCAGAAACAAUGUCCACGCUGUGUUCUCGACAUGUAUUACCACAACAGUUGUUGACAGUGAGCUAGAACCUGAACCCAAUGAAGAGAUUCAUUUCCACCUGGAGGAUUAUCAUAGCCCCGCCGGUCCACCCGAUAAUGGGGACUCUAUCUCCAUGAGUGUUGAAGAGCCAGAAGUUUCUUUGAGCAAUAUGUGGGCUGCACUUGAUGACUUUGAUAGUUUUUUUAACACCGAAGAGUUGGCGAAUGCAGCCAAGCAAAGGACCAAACUAAAUUCACCAGUAAUGGACACCAGACUUCCCAAAUCAACAUACCAACUGGUUCCAAUUGAAAGUGUACCAGCUGUGUACGAUAAAAAGGUUUCUGCGAUAUUGAACAAAAGUUUAACGUCAAAUUCAGCAUUUAAAUCAAACCUAUUGGACUAUAUUGGAGAGAAGGAGCAAACUACACCAGCACCAAGUAGACGAUCAUAUAUUCCGUUUCGAAGUAAAAGUGUUGUACGGAAUAAGGAGAAUGUAACACCAACAAUUCUGUUUUCCCCUGGGUUUGAACAGCCGCAACAGCAACAGCAACAACAACAGCAACAACAACAACAGCAACAACAACAACAACAACAGCCGCAACAACAACAACAACAGCCGCAACAACAACAACAACAACAACAGCCGCAACAACAGCAACUACAACAACAACAACGUACUCCGCAACAAACACCCAACUCACUUUCCUCCUCGUUUAGAACACCUGUGGCUACAAGUAAGAGUUCAUUUUCCAAUAAUAGCCAAGGAUUUGGUACAAAUGAAUCACCAGCAAUGAAUGAGAACGGAUCUAGAUUGGAGGGUUUAUUAGGAAGCAAGAAGAGGUCAAAGAAAGGUAUUGGCAAAAACUCCCCCAAUUCUUCAAAUAUUAGUGUCUCGCAGGACGGGCAAAAUAGGAAACAACUGAACAGCAAUAUCAAUGGCAGCAACAGCAAUGACAUCUACAACUAUAGUAACAGUAACAAUAACAGCAAUUUCAUUGUCCAGCUGUCAAGUCUUGACGAUGAAACAAAUCCUACAAAACAGAUACUUGAGCCUUUGAAAAGGAAGAGAAAUACCAAGUUGGAAUUCCUUUAG